GAAUUGUUAAUUUGUUAUAUGUUUAUGAGUUGUUAAUUUGUUAUAUAUUUAUGAGUUGUUAAUUUGUUAAUUAUUUAUGAAUUGUUAAUGAAUUAUUAUUUUGUUAAUUGAUUAUUUGUUAAAUAUUGUUUAUGAAUUGAAAGAAGUUGAUUGGUAAUGAAUUAUUUUGUUGUUAACACUUUGUUUGGAUGAUUGUUAUGUAUUAUUUUGACAUUUAUCGUAUUGUGUUGUAUUGUAUAGGACCAAAUCAGUGGUUACAUAAAAUAAGACCUUUCGUCGUUACAUAACAAUAAAAUUAAAGUAACAAUUAAAGCAAAUAUUGAAUUUAAACUAACAACAUAAUAUAAUACAAUAGGUAACAACCAUCCAAACAAGUUGUAAAUGAUUAUGAAAUGUUAAUCUAUAUAAUUUUAAAAGUGUGAAUAUAUAUGUUAAAUAAAAAAAGAUUAUCUUAAAAAGAAUAGUUAAAGUUCUUCUUUUCAUAAAUACAUAAGCUAACGAAAAAAAUGUAAAGUUUGUAGGAAAAUAUGUGGUCGACGAAUAUACUCUUUUAGUUUAAUUUUAUCGUAGUUGUGUUGGCUAUUUGGUCAAUUAAAAAUAUAUCACAUAUUCAAAAUAGAGUUCCAAACAAAUAUUACUGUUGAAUUUUUCGAUUCCCAAACUAAUUAACUUAACAAGUCUUUGCCAUCACAUAAUUCAAAAGUAAUUAACUUAAAAAUCUUUGCCAUCACAUAUGUGUCCUUACUAUCACAUAUUAAAUUUACUGCAUAUCCCAUGUUAAUUAUUCACAAGAUAUAAUACUACAUAAUUCACAUAUUCCCUACAAAUUAUUAAUUAGUUAAUAUAAUUUAUCUUUCAUUUCAAGAAUAAUGACUAAUUUAGUUUGUACAGACCGGACUCUUUCAUGGAUCUGAAUGUUCCCCCUGGGCCUGAUGUUCCCCCGGCGCCCGAUGCUCACCCGGGGCCCGAUGAUCACCCGGGGCCCGCUGUUCACUCGGGGCCCGCUGAUAAAUCAGUAUUGUCUUUGCAAGAACAUCAUAGGUCAGAGUAAUUAUGGGCCGGUACUAUAGGGAUAUCUACUAGGCUCCGUUCCCGUAGGCUGCAGAAAGCGUGGGCUCUUUUACGCGAGCACCCCCCACACCCUCGCGUGUUGGAGAUAUUGUUUCGGGGCGGCAUCUACCGUUGCGUGUCCGUUGGUCGGGUACAUCAUGAUUGGGCGCUCAGCAGGGCUAUGGUUGAGCGGUGGAGGCCAGAGACAUAUCUUCCAUCUUCGCACUGGUGAGGCCACGAUUACACUUCAGGAUGUGGAGGUCCUCUUUGGGUUGCGGGUAGAUGAAGAGCCACUACACGCUCGGUACGAGCCUCCUCCUGGUCAGACGUGGGUGACAGAGUUGACUAGGCUCAACCACUUCGUGCCUGAUGUCGCGGGCCAGAUUUCGGGACAGAGUCGAGUUCAGCUUAGUGCACUCUGCACUUAUUUGGAGGGUCUGGAUCCGGUUAUGGACGGCACCCUGCAGGACGAUGUUGAUCGUCAUGCCCGUUUGUACCUACUUAUUAUAUUCGGGGGAAUCUUGUUCCCGAACUCAGCGGGUGCCUUUGUCAGUUUACGUUAUUUGGUUUUCUUGGAGCAUCUGGACCGCUUGGGAGACUACAGCUGGGGCGGUGCUGUUUUGGCGUAUCUUUACAGAUGCCUGUGCCGAGCGUCUGUUGGUGUUGUCAGAGAUGUGUGUGGAUUUUUUGCUCUUCUCCAGUUAUGGGUGUGGGAGAGGAUGCUCCCUUUUCAGCCCGUACCUAGGCAUCACCUCGAGAUUGACAUGCCUUAUGCGAGGAGGUGGACAGCGGGUUUUGACCGGGAUGUGGAUACGCACCACAGUAUUCUUCCAUUCCGGGACCAGCUUGAUCAUAUGACGGACGAUGCGCUAUUUAUAUGGAUGUUGUACUCUGCUAUAUUAGAUGGUUUGCCGCCCUUCUGUAAGGCAGGUCAGGGGGGUUGGAGGUUGCGGUGUCCAUUGAUACACCUGGACAUCGUAGAGGAUCACAUGCCCGAGUGUGUCUUACGACAGUUUGGGCAUACACAGAGUAUACCCCUUGAUGUCCGUCAUGAGCUCCGACACUACCAGCGGGAUGAUCGGGCUGCCGUUGAUGAUAUUUUUUGGCUUUCUUGGAUGUCCAGCUCCACCGUUGGGAGAACAGGUUGGGCACUUUAGCGGUGGUCGGCCAUUUGACUCCCAUUGAGCAUUACAUGCGCUGGUAUCAUCAGAUCACACGCCGAUUGAUUAGCAACCCAGCUUUGCGUCCUCCUAGGGAUGUAGGAUACUCAGCACUCGCGGGGCAGUACGAGGCAUUGCUGGUGGUCGUACAGCGUUUACGCAUCUUGGGGUUAGAGUAUAUGCCUUACCCUGGACUUGCGGGCUUGCCGCGGAGAUGGUACGGAUAUCCGAGGAUAGUAUCCGGCAGGCAGGCGAGAUUAGGCGCAUGGCGUAGCCUGUUCCGGAGGCUGAGUAUUAGGCAGCACCGGGAGGAGGACCGGGUGCUCCUAGAGGAGGAGGCCGUGCUGGCAGAGGAGGCCGUGCUGCUGGAGGACGCCGUGCGCGUAGAAGACGCGGCGCUGCUGCCAGAGGACCUGGUGGUGGAGGACACCAUCUGGUAGAUGAGGCGGAUGAGGCCGAUCCCAUUCCAGAGGGCGUUCACGGUCUAGUCCAUCCACAGCCGUUCCAGGCCGGUGGCAGCUCACCUGGGGACUCACCUACGUUUACGUCGGUGCUCUUACUUGCUGAGAUACCUGAGUCUUCAUCACAGCCGAGUCAGAAUGCAUACAUGGAAGAGCGUGAUAACGUUGAUUGAGCGGCGUUACGCGCUUCAUUAGCUGAUGAGCGGCCAGUGAGGAAUUUAGAGGGAGCCAGGAUUCUUGACUUCGAUGAGUUUUUGAUCCCGGAUUCGGCGCCAGCGGGUCCACCAGAGGAUGGUAUCCGGCAGGCAGGCGAGAUUAGGCGCAUGGCGUAGCCUGUUCCGGAGGCUGAGUAUCAGGCAGCACCGGGAGGAGGACCGGGUGCUCCCAGAGGAGGAGGCCGUGCUGGCAGAGGACGCCGUGCGCGUAGAAGACGCGGCGCUGCUGCCAGAGGACCUGGUGGCGGAGGACACCAUCUGGUAGAUGAGGCGGAUGAGGCCGAUCCCAUUCCAGAGGGCGUUCACGGUCUAGUCCAUCCGCAGCCGUUCCAAGCCGGUGGCAGCUCACCUGGGGACUCACCUACGUUCACGUCGGUGCUCUUACUUGCUGAGAUACCUGAGUCUUCAUCACAGCCGAGUCAGAAUGCAUACAUGGAAGAGCGUGAUAACGUUGAUUGGGCGGCGUUACGCGCUUCAUUAGCUGAUGAGCGGCCAGUGAGGAAUUUAGAGGGAGCCAGGAUUCUUGACUUCGAUGAGUUUUUGAUCCCGGAUUCGGCGCCAGCGGGUCCACCAGAGCCACCCACUCAGGCAUUUUCUCAUGGGCCUGCCGAGCCAGCGAUGUCUUCCCAUGUGACUGUCGAGCCACAUAUUCGGCGCCAGUAGGUUCACAGGAGCUACCCAUUCAGGAGCAUUCUCAUCAGCCUGCCGAGGCAGAGGUGUCUUCUCAUGAGACUACCGAGGCGCAUCAUCUCGUCCAGGAGACUACCUCAUAUUCACCACCACACCCAUCUCAGGAGCCUACAGACCCAUCUCAGGAGCCUACUCAGGCGCCCGUUGACACACAGGUUCAUCCUUCGGCGCCUGCGGUGGCGACUCCCGACGAGGAAGAGGUCGAGUUUCUAGACCCAGCUCAGCCUAAGGUUCUGAGCGUGCCAGCGGGACUAGAUCCCAAGAAGAAGCACGUUCUAGUUAAGGGCGCAAGGGCUAGGGGAAGAGGAGAUGAUCAUGACUUGGAGCGCCCGGUUAUUAAGGGGAAAAAGGGCAAUGGAGACGAUGGCGAGGGCGGUGGGGAUGGUAUGAGCCUUAGGCCUAGAGAUAGUCUCCGGCAUACUACAUGUGGGACCCAUCCUCGAUAGUGUAUAUACAUUAGUGUUGUACAAUUUAUCGUAAAUAUUAUCUAUU